AUUGGUGGAAACUGUUGUCUAGGCAACAAUAAUGCCUCCGCCCACUGUGGCUUCGUGACGUGGGCAACUCGGAAGCGGAAGAAAACAUGGCUAGGAAUGAGGAGAAGCAACACGGGACGCUGAAUCGGCUCUGGCUUCAGAAGGCUAAGGAAGAGGGACACAUAAAGGACAUUACCAGCAACAGGCCUAGGUUGUCUGCCUUACAUAAUGCGUCAGAUGUGAAGAAAUGGAUUCCUAGCAUUAAAAAUGAGAUAGAAUACUAUUUAGAGCAAUCCCAGCUUACACACUAUUCAGACAGAAAAAUCAUAGAAUUCCAGGAGAGGAUUGAAACACUGAGGAAAGAGUAUCAAAGUUAUCUCUGGAAAUUGCGCAAGUUGGACCCUUCCUGUAAAGAUCACCCGUGGAAACUGCGAGGUUAUAAAAGAAAGAGGACUGAGGAAGAGAAAGUGCCAUCUUGGGUAGAAUCAGGUGGUGCCAAGUUACUCUCCACACCCAUUCUCAAUGACACGGAGCAGGAAUCUUAUCCAGACUCUGAAGAAGAAAUCUUGAUCCCUGAAAAAACAGACAAUGAAGCAGCAAAACCAGACAGUCCAAAUAUCAGUCUUGAUGUGCAGGAUAAACCUUUAAUUUUUGAUAGUAAAAAAUCCCUGCCAAAGCAUCUCUGGCUCAGAUCAACUUAUAGUCUCUCUACUUGUGGCACAAACCAAAUAAAAGACAUUCUCUUGUCAAAUGAUGCAGUACUGAAAGGAAACAGCAGUACAGCAACUAUUCAUGAGAAGCAUGCACAAGGACCUGUUAGUGGAGGCAACAUGAAUGGGAUUCUGGGGUUGGACUGCUACUCCUCUUCUGAAGAUGAUAGCUGAUGAAACCAAGUUACAUCUUAAAGCUGAUAAAUUGUAUGUGUUAAGAGCACAGAAAUGAUUGCCAGCUCUCAAGUUCCACUUGUGUAAACCUUUAAAUACAUUUUACCAAGUUUUAGCCAAAAUAUAUAUGAGCUUGUGAACCAUGUCAAGUUCCCUCAUUUUAUGUUGGUCCUAUACUGCUUACUGUGUAGAAAAAUAUUACAAUGCAUUUAAAAACAUUAAACCCCUAGCAACAAUGUGCAUUAUAUGUAACUGAGUGGUAGAACCAUGUUCACUUACCCUUUUAGACUAACUAGAAAGCUAUUAAGUCCCAGAUAAUUAAGAGACACAAUAUUCACCUACACUAUCUGCACAGAAGAAAGAUAUUGUUGGUCUAACCCACUCUGUAGUGCUGAUUAGCUGCUAUUUUUUUCAGUGCUCAGACUAACAUACACUCUGGGGGUGACCAGCAGAUA